UCGCUAACCGGAUUCCUUUCCAUGUGGAUUCCUAACCCCCCAGUCCCUCCGCUUCCCCCGGGAGGGGCCCCCGGCCCUCGGUCCCAGCCCCCUGACCUGGCCUGACCCGGGGCUGCCCGCGAUGCCGUUUGGCUGCCUGGGCCUCCGCCACGACAAAAACUACAACAGCGAGAGCGACAUCGCCGACAAGAAGGAGUUCUGCGAAUUGUGCGUGGCCCGGGAGCGCCGGACGGAACGCCUCUAUGUCUGCAAGAAAUUUUUGAAGAGAGAUGGGCGGCAGGUGCGCCGGGCAGCCCGCAACGAGAUCCUCAUCCUCAAGAUGGUGAAUCACCCCAACAUCUUGCAACUCAUCGACACCUUUGAGACGCGCAAGGAGUUUUAUAUCAUCCAGGAACUGGCCACGGGGGGAGACGUGUUUGAUUGGAUCCUGGAGCAGGGCUCCUACACGGAGCGCGAUGCAGCCGGCGUGGUGCGGCAGGUGCUGGAAGCCCUCGCUUACCUGCACGGUCUGCGCAUCGUGCACCGCAACAUCAAGCUGGAGAACUUGAUGUAUUACUCCCAGAACAGCCACUCCAAGGUGAUGCUCAGAGACUUCUACCUGUCCCGCUUCGAGAGCGGAGCCCUCACGGAGCCCUGCGGCACCCCCGAGUACCUGGCCCCCGAAGUUGUCGCGCGGCAACGAUACGGCCGCCCCAUCGACUGCUGGGCCGUUGGGGUCAUCAUGUUCAUCCUGCUGUCUGGGAAUCCCCCUUUCUACGACGAGCAGGAGGAGGAGGGGGGCGGCGGCAGCAGCAGCAACCGCGCCGUCUUCCGCAAGAUCCUGGCAGGAGACUACAGCUUUGACCCCCUGUACUGGGGAGACAUCUCCCCUGCAGCUAAGAAGCUGGUGAUGAGGCUCAUGGAGAUCGAUCAGGACCAACGCAUCACGGCCCAGGAAGCGCUCGGCCAUGUCUGGAUCUCGGGGAACAUGGCAGCUGAGAAGAACCUGCGGGAAGGUGUGUGCGCCCAGAUCCAGAAGAAUUUCGCCAAAGCCAAAUGGCAGAAAGCGAUCCGUGUGACGACCUUCAUGCAGCGACUCCGCGUCCCCGAGCCGGGGAGCCGGCUUCCCGUGACCCCUCGCAGCGCCAUGAGCGUCGCCCACCAGGUCACGGUGGAGGCUGAGGGGGGGGACCGGGUUGAGCCGGGGGACCGGGAGAGUGGGCAGGAGGCCUCCGAGGACUGAUGCUGUUUGCUGUCUUUCUCCCGAUCCCCCUUCUCGAGAGCCCAACCCCUUCCCCCUGCCACGGUUUCCCGAGGGGGACUGGAACCCCCGAGCCAAGAUGAAGGACAAACGGAUAUCCCACCCCGCGGAAACAAAAAACAAGACAAACCCCAGGGCGGUUCUCUCCUCACCCUCGGAUUCCCCACUCUGACCCUGGUUGAGAAUCGACAAUUUGUCUCAGCCCCCGGUAACUGAGCCCACUGUUGGAUAGGGACCGUCUCUAUAUGUUGCCAACUUGUACUUCCCAAGCGCUUCGUACAGUGCUCUGCACACAGUAAGCACUCAAUAAAUACGAUUGAUUGAAAGAGGGUCCGUUCCCUCGGACCCUCCCUGGUGGGGCUAGUUCUUCUACAUGCCCUCCCCCCCGAAAUCCCCACACUUUACUCCCCUGUGCCUCCUGGCAGAUCCGCUUAAUACAGUGCUCUGCACACGGUAAGCGCUCAAUAAAUGCGAUUGAUUGAUUGAUCCGGGAGGUGAAGGAUCACGGUCAGGUCCGUGAACUGGGCGGAAAAGCUUCUAUCCCCAGGACCCCAGGCCGGGAAGAGGGAGGGGAAGGGUGGCUGACGAAGAGGAAAGGAAGGGAAAGAGGAGGAGGAGGAGGUUCUGGUUAUCGAUUGAGUGGUUCACAUCCCUCCCCUUCAGUUCCCUUAGAAGCCACCCAGAAGGCCUCAGUGGAAUGGAGCCGGUUUGCCCCCCUCAAUCAAUCAAUCAAUCGUAUUUAUUGAGCGCUUACU